AUGCCUCGCCCAUCAUAUAUGAAGCCAUAUCAGGACUGGAUCGAUAAGUUGUACCCUUUCCCAGGGGGAUACAAAGUGCCAGAAUUCAGUUUGUUUUCGGGCGAGGAAAAAGGGCAAUCGACGGUUGAACAUGUCGCCCGGUUCUCAGCCCAAUGUGGCGAAGCUGCGGCGCACGAUUUUUGGAAACUCCGAUUGUUCGCCAGUUCUCUAACAAAGAUGGCUUUCAUGUGGUACUCGAGGCUAUCACCGAAUUCGGUGGACACUUGUAAAGAUCUCGAAAUCCUCUUCCAUGAGGAAUUUUAUAGAGCACCACCUGAUGUCACCCUGGCCGACCUAGCUCGAAUCUCUCAGUUACCGAGCGAGUCGGUAGAGAAGUAUAUCGGCCGAUUCAGGAACCUUAGAACAAGGUGUUCCACCAAGAUUUCUGAGGCCGAUUGCGUCCCGAUGGUGGUAAGGGGAAUGAGCUUCGCCAUGAGGGAGCAUUUCGAAGGUCAUCGAUUAUGGGACUUGUUUGAACUGACAAACAGGGUGACAAGUUACGAAAGACUUCUUCAAGAGAAGGAGCAGCGGCGAGGCGCUUCUAAAGGAACCUAUUACAAAGACCAGCUGGACGUGGCCGUAGUGUCAGACAGUGAAGAUAGUAGGUCCGAAGAUGAAGUCAACAUGGCCGAAUUCUUAGGAACUAAGCCCCUGGAGUGUUCGGCCUUAAGAAAGCCAGGCUUUGUUAAGAAGAAUAAAACCGCGGUGGUACAGAAAAAGUAUUCCUUCGAUCUAACCAAGGCCGACGACAUAUUCGAUGCCUUGUUUAAGGAUGGGCAGAUCGCAAGUACCAUAAUUCCUGGAGACACAGCACGAAUAAUUGUGUGA